AUGAAGAAGUUAUCUCAGCUACCUAAAGAGCUCCAGAAUGUUUCUCAAGCCCAACAUCAGAUGAUUCAAUGUUGUGAAUUAUGCGGUGGAGAUCACAAGAAUGGUCAAUGUGUACUACAAAGCAUGUCUCAUGAAGAAGUGAAUUAUAUGGGAAAUCAAGGUCGCCAAAUGGAUUUUAAUCAAGGUCAAAAUUUUAAUCAAGGCUGGAGACCUCAUUCGAGUAUGGGACAAGCUGGUUCGUCCAAUAGACCACCUCCACAUAACUUUCAUCAAUAUCCUACUUUGACAGAAAGAACUUCAAAACUGGAAGAAACUCUUCAGCAGUUUAUGCAAGUAUCAAUCUCCAACCAUAAAAGUACAGAAGCCUCAAUUCGUAAUUUGGAGAUUCAAGUGGGUCAAUUAGCUAAGAAUUUGGAAGAAAAAUCUGAGAAGAAAUUUGUGGCUAACACUGAAGUUAAUCCAAGGGAGGAGUGUAAAGCCAUCACUACAAGGUCAGGAAGGGUGUUAGAAGAAAGAGGGCAUGAGAGAAAAGAGCAAGAAAGAGAUGAGGGGAGUGCUGAGAAGAGAGAAAAUAAGAGAGAUGAGAUGAGUGAAAGGGAAGAAAAAGAAAAAGAGAGAGAGGACAGAGAAAAUCAUAGAGAGAAAGAGGAAGAGAAAAUGAAAGCAAAGGUGUUUGAGAAACCUCUUCCAUAUCCAAAGGUUUUCUCUAAAAAGGAGAAGGAAAGGCAGUUCAAAAGCUUCGUUGAUAUCUUCAAAAAGUUAGAAAUCAAGAUGUCAUUCUCAGAGGCCCUGCAACAAAUACCCUCUCAUUCUAAGUUCAUGAAAGAAUUGCUUACUAAGAAGAAGAAGUACAUUGAAGAAGAAACUAUUGAAGUACAGGGUCAGUGCAGUGCAAUUAUCCAGAAGUUGCUUCCACCAAAGUUUAAAGAUCCUGGCAGCUUUACAAUUCCAUGCAACAUAGGAAAGUUGGCUGUUGGAAAGGCUUUAAUUGAUCUAGGAGCCAACAUAAAUCUGAUGCCCCUUUCUAUGUUUGAGAAAAUAAGGGAUCUGGAGAUGAAAUCUACACGCAUGACUCUACAAUUGGCAGAUCGAUCAAUCAAGUAUCCUUAUGGAGUG